AAAAGGUGUCAUAUCUAGAUGGGACCACAGAAUCUAACAAGUGUCUUAGAAUUCCACCUCCUCGGUUUCUCAGAUGAUCUGGAAUUGCAACCCCUACUCUUUGGGCUUUUUCUAACCAUGUACCUGGUCACCGUGUUUGGGAACCUGCUCAUAAUCCUGACUGUCAGCUUUGACUUCCACCUCCACACCCCCAUGUACUUCUUCCUUUCAAACCUGUCUUUGGCUGACAUCAGUUUCAGCACCACUACAGUCCCCAAAAUGCUGGUUAACCUCAAGACACACAGCAAAUCCAUCACCUAUGCAGGCUGCUUAACUCAGGUGUCCUCAUUUUCUCUUUUUGUAUGUUUAGACAGUCUACUCCUGACCGUGAUGGCCUAUGACCGGUUUGUGGCUAUUUGUCAUCCUUUGCACUAUCCAGCCAUCAUGAACUUCCACCUCUGUGGCUUGUUGGUCCUGGUGUCAUUUUUCGUCAGUCUGUUGGACUCCCAGCUGCACUACUUGAUGAUGUCACAGCUUACCUUCUGUGCAGAUGUGGAAAUCCCUCAUUUCUUCUGUGACCCUCCUCAACUCCUCAAACUUGCCUGUUCUGACACUUCCACCAAUAACAUAUUAAUCUAUUUUAUUGGUACCAUCUUUGGUGGUGUUCCACUCACAGGGAUCCUUUACUCUUAUACUCGAAUUAUUUCCUCCAUACUGAGGAUCUCAUCAUCAGGUCUGAGGUACAAGGCUUUCUCUACCUGUGGCUCUCACCUGUUAGCUGUUUGCUUAUUUUAUGGAAUAGGCCUUGGGGUGUACCUCGGUUCCAGUGUCUCAUCUUCCCUGAGGAAGGAAGCAGUGGCCUCGGUGAUGUACACUGUGGUCACUCCUAUGCUGAACCCCUUCAUCUAUAGCCUGAGGAAUAGUCACAUCAAGAAUGUGUUGUGGAGGAUUGUCAGCAGAAUAGCCUAA